AUGAGCCGCGCCGGGAGCUGGGACAUGGACGGGCUGCGGGCGGACGGUGGGGCCGCCGGGGCGGCCCCGGCCUCCUCCUCCUCCUCCUCUUCCGUGGCGGCAGCGGCGCCGGGCCAGUGUCGCGGCUUCCUCUCGGCGCCAGUGUUCGCCGGGACACACUCCGGACGCGCAGCGGCGGCGGCGGCGGCGGCGGCAGCGGCGGCGGCUGCAGCGGCGGCGGCCUCGGGCUUCGCGUACCCGGGGACCUCUGAGCGCGCGGGUUCCACCUCGUCGUCGUCAUCUUCAGCUGUGGUCGCGGCGCGGCCGGAGGCUUCCUCCGCCAAAGAGUGCCCGGCGCCCGGCGCGGCCGCUGCAGCGCCCCCGGGCGCCCCGGCCCUGGGCUACGGCUACCACUUUGGUAACGGCUACUAUAGCUGCCGCAUGUCGCACGGCGUGGGCUUACAGCAGAAUGCUCUCAAGUCGUCGCCGCACGCCUCGCUGGGAGGCUUCCCGGUGGAGAAGUACAUGGACGUGUCGGGCCUGGCAAGCAGCAGCGUACCGGCCAACGAGGUGCCCGCGCGAGCCAAGGAGGUGUCCUUCUACCAGGGCUACACGAGCCCCUACCAGCAUGUGCCCGGCUACAUCGACAUGGUGUCUACCUUCGGCUCCGGGGAGCCUCGGCACGAGGCGUACAUCUCCAUGGAGGGCUACCAGUCCUGGACGCUGGCCAACGGGUGGAACAGCCAGGUGUACUGCGCCAAGGACCAGCCACAGGGCUCCCACUUUUGGAAAUCAUCCUUCCCAGGGGAUGUGGCUCUAAAUCAGCCAGACAUGUGUGUCUACCGUCGGGGCAGGAAGAAGAGGGUGCCCUACACCAAACUGCAGCUCAAAGAACUGGAGAACGAGUAUGCCAUUAACAAGUUCAUUAACAAGGACAAGCGGCGGCGGAUCUCGGCUGCCACGAACCUAUCCGAGAGACAAGUGACCAUUUGGUUUCAGAACCGAAGAGUGAAAGACAAGAAAAUCGUCUCCAAGCUCAAAGAUACUGUCUCCUGAUGUGGGCCAGAUUGGCCACAGAGAGUUUAAAUGCUUCCACUUGCCUCCAAAAGACCUUUGGAAAGACUUGAAUAUGUAUUUAAUUCCCCCAUUCCCCUGCCAGUAAUGGCAAAUUUUGUGAAUUGUUUUUCUCUCUUCCCCUUAUCUGGCUCUAAAACCUCUU